CGUACUGGUAGGCAGAAAAAAGUAAAUAGAAGUGACCUGUGAAGGAGUUAAAGUGUGACAGCAAGUCCUCCUGAUGGUCCUCCUCCUCCACAUGAUCUUCUCCUGACUGCAGGGUUUGUCUUUAAAAGCUGAAGAGCGGAACAGUGAACGGUCAGCUCCCUCCGCGUCAGAUACACGUUAACCUCAACAGAGAAGUGUUUGACUGAGGGCACAUCACUGACCAUGAGCUCCUCACGCGGCGUGGGACUUUAUUUGACGCUUUUACUCGCUCUUCUGUGCGACGCAUCUGAAGACUCUCCUGUCCAAAGGGAAAUUACUGUCACACUGUUUGAUAAAGAUGGCCUUCAGCAUGAGAUGACACUUCCCCCUGAGGAGCUGGACUUUUUGAUGAUGCAGAGACCAGUCAUCCCUGACCUUUCCAAAGUGAUGGCUGCAGGCUCUUCCGACAUGACCGAGAGAGAAGUCACAAACUUUCACCCUGAGAAUGCUCCAAUAGGUCGCCCAGUGUUUGGCCCUCGCUCAGUGGGACCCAGGAUGGGUCCAGAGGUUGAUUUCCCCCCUGCCUUUCCAAAUACAGGCAACCUGCAAGAUAUCUGUCAGUUCAGUAAAGCUCCGGUCCGGUAUCCUAGGGACAUGUUUCCUCAGAGUGGCUUUGGCCGUGAGCAUCGUCAGGCUGAUGCUAUCAAUCAACUUCAGUCCUGGUACGGUGUCUGCUGCGGCAUUAAUGGAACACCAGAAGAGCAAAUCUGUUGUGCUGAACAAGCGUGGAAGAAGAGUCUGUCUGACUACUGUACUGAGGAAUUCUCUAUUAAAACCAGUCACUACUUCUGCUGCAAGAAGAGAGGGAAGGCCAGAUGGAGCUGUUUUGAUAAGGAGGCUUCAGAUUCUUCAUAUCACGUCUCCUCCGAAGUCUCAAAUGGCAAAACUCCACAAAAGUUCAAAAGUUCCUUCAAAUAUAACUCCAUAGCUUGCAAAGGCUCAUUGGUGGCUUCUCCACAAGCACUUAUGAAGCAGUCGGAAGUUCCACACAUCAGCUUUCCACCUGGCCGUCCCGAUUCCUCCAACAUAGCACAUAUCUGCGCUCAUCACAAGACCCGACCACGAUACACGCCCAAGUGUCUUCCUCGCACUGGCUACGGCUGGCUGGUCCGUCAGUCGAAGGCCAUCAACGUCCUCGAGAGAGAAUACAAGCAGUGCUGCAAGGUGAAAAAGAGCGACCAACGCUGUGCUGAAAAGAAGUGGAAGAAGAUGGUUGAUAAGUUUUGUAAAGAUGAGAAGAAAGCCAAAGGACAGCAGUUUGAGUGUUGUGGAAAGAAGAAGGGAGAAGAGCUGUACUCCUGUUUUGCAGCUUCUGCCCCGGAUCCAGAAUAUAGACCCACUGAUGGAGAACUCGGCGCUCCUGCUGCUCCUCCAACCCUCCAGACUUUGUGCCAUACACAUACAGCCAUCCAGAGCAUGAAAGGUUUUCCGUUUUCUGUGGAUCAAAUGGUUGAACGGUGCUGUCCUCUAGAGUUACAGGAGAGACCUGCAUGUAUAGAGGCUGAGCUUGGCAGGCACAUUAAUGAUAUGUGUAACGUGAAGGAGCUGGUGAAGCCUCAUUGUUGUGCACCCAAAAUCAAAAACCGUGUCAAAUGUGCCACAAAGCUGCUCCUGAGCUAUAUCGGCAAGGCAGAGAAAGACAGCAGGAGGAAGAACUGCCCCCAGCCUCUGCUGGUCUGAGUCAGACAGAAUCCCUGAUGUGAUCUCUGAAUGUGGAUCGGUUUUUUUUUUUAACAGAGUGCACACAUUUCAAUAUAUGUACACUUGAGCUGAAGCAAACCUGUACCACUUAUUGUCUCUUUUAUAAUGCAUUUUAUGCCUUUUAUGCA